ACUGUAUAUGAUGAAGUAUGGCAACCCUUACUGGACAACCUACGUAUUAUACGAGAAUCAGACGCGUCCACUUUUCAUUGUUUGGUGGACUGAGACAUAUUUCAUUGCUUCCUAGACCGUCAUGCGGCAAAGUCGUCCUCUUGACUUUCUCUUGUAAAGAUCACACCCCCAUCCACUACAAAAAGUAUCCUGAGUUAAGGCGGAGCCGUUGCAAAGACAGGUCCGCCGAGCAUCACCAGCACCAGACCAAAAUAAAAAAAGUAAACAAACAAAGCGUCCAAAGCAAGGCGCGGGAACUGGCGGAGCUACUCGAACACUGUGCUGCUGGGGCUAUAGAGGCCGUGGUCCCAUGGCCAAACCAUCCCCCUAAUAUACUGAAGAAGGGAGAGUGGCCAGGCACCCUGCAGCCACGCCUGUGACCACCACGCAGCACGCCGCCAGGGACAACCUUAGAGGACUUGCUGGGCAGUGACACCCUUAGCCCCAACAUGGCCUUCCAAGCUCUCAAGUGUACACAAACCUUCCUGCAGAAGUCGGGGCAACUCGACAGGAUCUAAUCCCCACUUUGGUGACAGAACGACAAACUUAAAACACCUGAUAGCAAUUACCACUGACGGGGCCCUGGAAGUCGUGGUCCCACAGCCUAACUAGCCCCAUAAAACACUCAAGAAGAAAGUAGUGGGUUUAUUACGGGCUGGGAGGAAUAGCUCCUCCCAUUAGGGUGGUCGAGGCCCCCCCAUUAGCAGGUUACAUCAAAUUAGGUUGGGGUAGUUUAAAUGAAUUUGACACGCAGUGUGGGGCGACGGAAACAUGCAGUGGAGGAUGGGACAUGGCGGUUGCACGGGCCGGUGUUGUGAGAAAUAUCUCCGCAGAAAUAAGGGUAUGAUUCCACAUCAUACCCACAUCAUACCUGUCCAAAAAUUUACCCUCUACUGGACCCUCACAGCCAUAGGAGUCUCCUUGGUCACAGCCUGUUACAGGGGAGGGAUUUAAAACAAAGGAAGAAGCAGACAAAGUGAAGGACCUAAUAUAUACAUAUUUUGGCGGAAAAGAAACAAAAUUGAAAAAGGAAUUAUGGAUUAGGAGUAUAAUGCGUAAUGAAACAAGAAAAAAAACAGGAAGAAAAGAAACCCAAAUAUGCACACAGGCAUGCUCACCUGGUUUACUCACCAAAAUCAGUGAAAUUUGAAUCUGCAUGGACCCUGAACUUGAAAAAGCUCUAUAUGAUGUUGAGGCCGCAGAACAAUAUGCAGGAAAAAAAAUACAGGAGGUUGAAGAAGAAUUGAGACUCUUUGAUCUCGAUGAUAUACACUCAACUCCUCAAGAAGAUACAGAAUCUGAGCAUGGUGAUAUACCAUUUUAUCUGGCGCCGGAUGGAAUUGACAUUUUUAAGAAUGACAUGUACAGUCUGUAUACUGAAGAUGACCUUGUCUGGCCCUUCGAAGAUGAUACUGAUACUUUCUUGUCCGUGAUUGAUGAAAGGGCCGUGAAAGAAUUCAUUAAGAGAGGCUACCUGAUGAGGGAGUGUUCUUCCACGAAUCUGCUUGUUGAGUAUGUGUUCCACACGAUGUGCUGCACCUCAGAUGAAAAGCUGCGUUACUCCUCCUACAACACACUCAUGUACCUGUUAAACACCUGCACGUCAUUCUCCAGCAUCAAGGCACAGCUGCAUAUGGCUUUAGUAAACUUAGGCGCUGAUCUCGACAACCUGAAGAUGGAUACAUCAGAGUAUGACUCGCCUGUGUUCCCUGACUCUUGUGAUGCACCCCAAGGCAAUGUGAUGACCAGGACAGAGCUUCGGAAAGUGCUGGUGUUGGUCCUCCAGUUCUUGAGUGUGUGCCUUGCCAGUCGUGAGAAACACACAGACCAAGAUCCAGAUGACUUCAUCCUCCACCUCAUUGCUCUUGGUCUAGAUUCUAAAAUCAUAGACCUGGCUCUGGAUGCACACAUAGGCGUCUGCAUCUCACACUGCCUCUGCUGGUAUCCCUCUAAUGAACAUUUUAAACAGAAACUGAAAUACUUGGUGGGGAGGAUCCUGGAAUACUGUGAGGGUGACAUCCUGUCGGUGGUGCACUUGUGCCGGGCCUAUGUAGUCCCCACGUACCGAGGUAACAUUCUCAAGAGGGCACUCACCUUCCACCAACUGCAAACCCACCUCAGGUUACCAGAUGAAGAUUUUGUCUCUGAUAUUCAGGCCAGACAUGUGGUUCACCUGCUCUCAAAGUUCUAUGAAAGACCCAAGAGGGACAAAACCAGCUGCCACUCCUACUACAUCCUCACCCUGCUGGACCUCUGCAUCAAUGAGGAAUUCUCGCUCCAGCCAGAAAACAGGAGUGACAUAUUAAAAGUUUGUGACCUGGUAAAGCAAGAAAUGGGUCAUGUGCAAUUCACUGCCGAGGACGUGUACUCAGCCAUCAUCACGUGGUAUCUGUGUCAUGUGACAUUAAAGUGGAAGCGGCCUGCAAGCAUAAGCAUACAGAAGAGCGAGACAAUUAUGAAACCAAGUUGGGAUGACACAGAACAAACUCAGGAGAGUGUUGAACCCCAAGUGAGUGACACAGAACAAACUCAGGAGAGUGUUGAACCCCAAGUGAGUGACACAGAACAAACUCAGGAGAGUGUUGAACCCCAAGUGAAUGACAUAGUACAAAAUCAGGCGAGUGUUGAACCCCCAACGAAUGACGCUGAACAAAGUCAGGAAAGUGUUGAACCCCACAAGAACGACACAGACCAGAAAGAAAUAGAGCAUAUGAAGAGGAAACACAGUGACAACAUGAUCGACAAUACCACUGAGGUGUGUGAUGUUGCUCCUGUUGCCCCGCUCAGCCCGGUUUACCCUGAGGACUUUACUGGGUUUAAUGAUCGUGAACCGCCGCAAAACAAGAAGAGCAAGUUGCUGCGGGAGGCUGCUACCCAUCUGGCUGCGCAGGAGGGUUGUCAUUAGCGUUCUCACUUUCUUAGAUGAAAUUUCCAAUAUUUAGUGAUUUUAUUUCCCAAAGAUUUCAAGGAAAAUCCCAUGAAAAUUCCCACAAGAUUAAAAAGGGAAAAUUUUAUUUUUAAUACUGUUUUAUUACUUCUGACAAAAGAAAAAAAUGUGAUUGUAAAUGUUACAAUUAGGAAAAUUAGUGGAAUUUCAUAUUUAUUUUACAUAAAAAAAUAUAGUUACAUCAUUCAGUCUCCAGAACAAUAAUGUUAUUUUUCUCCUUGAGAGAGAGUUUUACUACUUCUCAUAAAAGAAAAAAAUAAAUGUUACAAAUUAGGAAAAUUAA